CACUCCAGCAAACAUGCUUUAUGGGAUUAAGAACAAGCAUUGUACCCACAUGCUCUCUCCUAGUCCUUCUCCUUUCUGUCAUGCAUUGUAGUGGUUAAAGUUCCAGGGUUUGUUAAACCAUAGAUUACUGUUAUAUAUUAACUGAGAUACUGGGUUAGUUUCUGAUUACAAACCAGGAUAUCAACCAGGAUUGUAGUUGGGUACUAAACCACAAUGUUCCUGUUUUGGAUGUAACACGAAAUGGUUUCAACCAAUUUUGGAAGUCUUGCCCAUUGCAGUAUGGGCAACAUUUAUUUGCAGUUGUUGGGCCCAUUCACACGAUCAGAUAAGCCACCCUGGUUAUCUAAGCCAUGGCAGCCUGUGGUGCAUACCAAAGUGUGUGUGUGUGUGGGGGGGGCUGUUGUUUUGAAUUUUAAAGCCUCGGCUUGGCGUGCCAUCGAAACCCAGGCAGCAGGGGUUCCGUAAAAGUUAAACACCCCUCUCAAAACCCAUGGCUUGUUCUAGGAUUAUGCGAGGGUUUUUUAACCUUUGAUCGACCCCUGGCACCUGGGUUUGGACAACAAACUGUUCUAUUACCUGUGGAUAAACACAUGGAAUACAAAACAAACCUUGCAGGGAAAACUCGUAUGUAAAACAACCCUUAGACGAAACUAUGCUAUUCAUAGACUUAAGGUGCAUUCCUAAGCAAGUUUAUUGUUUACUAAAUUGCUUUUAGCCGUUUACAUUGUUUUAAUUUUUCUGUAUUAAAAAAAUAGACUGUUUUUAUUAUGUUGUAUUUUGUGAUGUUGUUGCAUUUUUAUGAAUGAUUGUUAAACCGCCCAGAGAGCUUUGGCUAUGGUGCGGUAUAGGAAUGAAAUUAAUAAUAAUUAUGGUGUUCAGACAGAAAAAAAUUCCUACAAUUUCCAACGUUCCCUUGCCAGUCAUUUUUCUGUCUAAACAUGCAUAGGAUUGCACCCUUAAUUUACCCAUGACAGAAGAGGAAAAAAGAGGUGUAGAAAAGAGCAAAGUAACAGAUCAUAUGAAGGCUGAAAAGAAUUCAGUAGGAAGAGGUGGAGGUUACCACGAGGAGUUGUUUUCUACAGGCAUUUGCUUGGAUUUCUCUUCUGGUGAUGAUCAGCCCCAGUCAGAUGCCAUAAUGGCAGAGCUUUUUAUGGAAUGUGAAGAGGAAGAGCUUGAGCCAUGGCAACAAAAAGCAAAACCGAUUGUAGUGGAUGAUGACGACGACGACGAUGAUGAACCCAUCUUUGUUGGAGAGAUCUUGAGCUCCAAACCAACCAGUACCUACAUAUUGAACAGAGUCAACCCCAGUUCACCACGAAUUGGCAUGCAGAAUGGUGCACCAAAAAGAGGUGCUGUAGCGGUUUCUCCUGGGUUUCACUCUGCAACGAGACCUGCAACUACUACUCUUGCCGUUCAGCCGCAGCCAAGAGUCAGCAGUGUUUCGGGAACUUCACAAGUAUUGCAGAGACCUCUUUCUGGAUGCUCAUCACCGCAGGAGGCAGCCAAGUCAAGUGCUGGCAUAUCUCCGCCAAUUGGUAGAUCUGCCACAUUAUCCAGGAACCUCAGCAUACCCGUACUGGCUCAAUCCGCAUCCAGGCCGGUGGCCACAGUAACUGCGCAACCAGUAGCAUUAAACCGGGUUCCACUGAAUAACAUUUCAGGCAUAGCCUUUAGCUUAAGGCAAAAUGCAGUGGUGGCACAGUGCCAGAGUGGACCAGCAGUGACUACAACAGGUUUGUCCAAACGUCCUUCUACUUCUGAAGCUGAUUGUAUAACUCCAAAAAAAGCCAAAGCUAGCGAAAUAGGAUCUGGAAGUGAAUCACCUGUUUUGCCUUCUGUUCAGUCCCCAAAUGACACAUCACUGCUUCAGAAAGGUAUUACAUGUACAGGUGGAUCAAGCACAUCAAGCAAUGUUAAAACUGGGGCGCCCUUUCCUCAAGCAUGUCCAAAGUGUAAUAUUCAUUUCAAUCUUUUGGAGCCAUUAAAAAAUCACAUAAAGUACUGCUGUCCAGAUAUGGUACAUACCUUUCCGGGAACAACAGAUGGUUCGAGUACAUCAUCUAAAAUUGCUGAUUCAGAAAAGGGAAAACUGAUCAUGUUGGUGAAUGACUUCUAUUAUGGCAAGCAUGAGGGUAACAUCCAGCAGGUGCGUCAGGAGCAGAAGACACAUACAACCUUCAAGUGUGCCAGCUGUAUGAAGCUUCUCAAAAGUAACAUCAGGUUUAUGAACCACAUGAAACAUCACUUGGAGCUGGAGAAACAGAACAGUGAGAGUUGGGAAAGUCACACUACCUGCCAGCACUGCUACCGUCAAUUUCCGACACCCUUCCAGCUCCAGUGCCAUAUUGAAAGUACCCAUACCCCUCAUGAGUCAUCAACUGUAUGUAAAAUAUGUGAACUAUCCUUUGAAACUGAGCAAGUUGUUUUGCAGCACAUGAAGGACAAUCACAAGCCUGGGGAAAUGCCGUACGUCUGCCAGGUGUGCAAUUACAGAUCAUCAGCAUUUUCAGAUGUGGAAAAACACUUUAGAGCCGUUCACGAAAACACAAAAAACUUGCUCUGCCCAUUUUGCCUUAAAGUUAUUAAAAUUGGGGCGCCAUAUAUGCACCACUUCAUGAGGCAUCAGAAAAAGGGAGUGCAUCGCUGCAACAAGUGUAGACUGCAGUUCUUGACAGGCAAAGAAAAAGUGGAUCAUAAAUCUCAGCAUCAUCGGACAUUUAAAAAACCUGCCCAGUUAGAGGGUUUGCCUCCAGGGACCAAAGUUACUAUCAGAGCUUCCGUUGGAUCUCUUCACCCUGCAUCAACAACUGCGCCUUCUGUUAGCCCAAAUGCAUCCACAUUACAGUGGUCUGCUAGUGCAAAAGUGACAAACACUAAGAUUCCUAACAAAUUGACUGCAAAUAAAACAAAGACAAAACCGAAGCCGCUGAGCUUACAGAAAAAGCAAAGUGUGGGGAAUGGGAGCAGCAGCAGCAGCCACAAUAGUAGCGGGAGCAGCAGCAGCAGCAGCAGUACCAGCAACAAAAAGACCAAUAAAAUCGUCAAUACAGCAUUAAAUAAUCUAAGAUGUCCGGAUAUUCAGAAAUGCAUUGAGUGUUACUCAGAUAUAAGGACUUUUGCCAGCCAUUUCCCAGCCUACGUCCGCUGUAGUUUGUGCAGAUACAGCACUAGUUGCAGUAAAGCCUAUGUGAAUCAUAUGAUGAGUUUUCAUAGCAGUCGUCAAAGUAAAAGAUUUUGGAUUUAUAAGGCUCAUUCAGAUGAAUUGAGGGGUUUUACUGUGGUUUGUCUUAAUUGUGACUUCCUAACUGAUGUUUCUGGCUUGGAUAAGAUGGCCACCCACUUGAUUGAAAACUAUACUCAUACUUGCCAAGUUAUUGUCGAAAAUGUUCCUUUGGACUACCUAGCUGCUGCUGACCUUUCUGACCUACCGAACAAUGCAUUAUUGAAUAAUGAAAACGAAGAAAAAUCCCAGAAACUUUCAAGGCCCAGUACUCCUGGAGAGCAAAACGAAACAUCAGUUUCUGUAAGCCCACAAAUAAAAGGCUCUGCAGAAGAAACAGAUAGGCCCCAUCUUGGAAAUCAAAGUGAUGACACUGCUUUAGCUGCUGAGUGUGAAGAAAAUAAAUCGCCCCUUUUAGAAAACAGUUUUGGUCCAGAGCUCCAGGCCUGCUCAAAUGACCCCGUAGAUACCGCAGAAGCCAGGGAGGCAGAGGAGCUUGGAAAGCAGCAUGGGGGAGCUCCUUCAGCUACGGAGGACGAAGAAAAGAAACCUCCACUUCUAGAGAACAUUUUUGAUCCAGAGCUCCAAGCCUGUUUAAAAGACUCUGCAGAAGCGGGAACUGCAGACAGCUUUGGAAAUCAAACUGAUGAAGAUAUUUUAGCUGCUGAAUGUAAAGGAAAUGCAGCUGUGUCAACUGUAGAAGAUUCCUCCAUUUCAGAAAUCCAUACCUGUUCAAAAGACUCUGCAGGAGAAGGAAACACAGCCAACCUUGCUAAUCAAGGGGAGGAAGGCCCGCUAGCUGCUAAGUGUGAAGGAAAUGCAUCUACUUCAAUUGUAGAUGUUUCCUCCAUUUCAGAAGUCCGUACUUGUUCAAAAGACUCCACAGGAGAAGGAAACAUCGAUGACCUUGGAAAUCAAGGUGAGGAAGCCCCUUUAGCUGCUGAGUGUGAAGGAAAUGCAUCUGUAUCAACUGCAGGAAAUCCCUCAAUUUCAGAAGUCCGUACUUGUUCAGAAGACUCUGUGGGAGAAGAAAACAUCGAUGACCUUGGAAAUCAAGGUGAGGAGGAAGGCUCUUUAGCUGCUGAGUAUGAAGGAAAUGCAUCUGUGUCAACUGUAGGGGAUCCCUCAAUUUCAGAAGUCCGUACUUGUUCAGAAGACUCCGUGGGAGAAGAAAACAUAGAUGAUCUUGGAAAUCAAGGUGAGGAAGGCUCUUUAGCUGCUGAGUGUGAAGGAAAUGCAUCUGUGUCAACUGUAGAAGAUUCUUCCAUUUCAGAACUCCAUACCUUUUCAAAAGACUCUGCAGGAGAAGGAAACAUAGCUGACCUUGCUAAUCAAGGUGAGGAGGGCCUGUUAGUUGCUGAGUGUGAAGAAAAUGCAUCAGGUGUACAAAACUCUGUCAGUUUAGGACUUGCCACUUGUUCAAAUGACCACACAGGAGGAGAAGAUGCUGGCUGUCUUACAAAUCAAGGUGAGGUACAUCUUUCAGCUGCUGAGUGUGAAGAGAAUUCAUCGUCUUCAGUUCCAGAAAACUCCACUUCAGGAGCCUUAGCUUGCUCAAAUGACUUCGUAGACCCUUCAGUAGAAGCAAAGGGGGACAAGUUUGAAAAUGAGUUUAAUGAAACUUCUUUAGCUACAGAUCGUGAAGAAAGUAUAUCUGGAUCAACUGGAGAGGAAUCCUCCAUUUCAGAACCCCAUGCCUGUUCAAAAGGUUCUCCGGAAGAAAUGAGGGACCACCUUGGACAUCAGGCUGAUGACUGCGAAGGAAAUAUCUCUACGUCACCUGUGAAAAAUGCCUCUGGUCCAGAGCUCCAAGCCUGUUCGGCGGAGAUCUCGUGUGGAAGGACAGAAUCUGAUAACCAAGAAGGAGAAGAAAAAUCCCUAAAGUCUGUAGGCAAUGAAACUAACCCUUUCCCAAGUUCAGAGGAUGCCGUCCCUGAUGCCCAGACAAAGGUGGUUGAUUUGGAUGAAGCUCAACUUGAGGACAAAGAUCCUGACAUCUCAAAAUUGGCAUCCGAUCAAGAUGUCAGUUUUGAACAGUUUUUGAGAGGAAGAGGUGAACCUGAUGCUGCCAGUUCUGAUGCGAGUGAGCAAGGCAGCAUUCAUCUGGAACCCCUGACUCCAUCGGAGGUCCUUGAGCACGAAGCGACAGAGAUUCUCCAGAAAGGAGGCGCUGCCCCAUCAUCCAGGAAGGCUGGGCCGGCUCCUGAACAAGCUGAUGCUUCUUCUUCCUCUUCCUCUUCGUCGUCUUCUAGAGAGGGCAGCCCUAGUCAGGUGGAGUCAUCAGUAAGCCAGGCAGAAGGCAGUGACGAAGCAAGCUGAAGAAGAACAGCUGCGUGAAGGCAACACGUUGAACCGAUGGAUUGCAAAAGAAGGGUCAAGAGCUGUGGAUUUUGUAAUACUGUUGAGGCUUGUUAAUUACAAAUCAGAUAUGCAGACCCUCUGGGAACAAAGUAGCUAAGAGGAACCAGCUCGGUUGCCUGCACUAAUCUAACCUGCAAAGCCAAGAGGAAAGGAAAUACCUUAUUUAUUUGACUCAAAGUACGAUCUCUGUAGGAACCACAAUGUUCAUAGUACUUGGGUAGCUGUGCUCUAUAAAGAGCAUUCAAUCCAGUAUCUGUCUAGACAAAUGUGAAUGGUGGGUUGCAUGUUGCAUUCCUGUCCCAUCAGACCAUGUGAGGAGGAUUGUUUGAAGCUCCCAACACUGCUGGAUUGGUCUGAUCUUACAAGAUAAGAAGCUCACCUUAAACUUUCAGUGAAAGUGGAAUAUUAUAAACAAGCAAAUAUAUUUGUGGGUUUCCCAGUAUGCAAGCUUUGCAGAAAUUUGACACGCUAUUCGGAAGAGGACACGUUAUGGCCUGUGUCUUUGAAGUUGUUACUGUUUUUUUUUAUUAUUUUUAUUGACGGCAGGCCAUGAAAACCUGAAGUGGACUACAAGAAAUGCAGAACUGAACUGGAAAGGUGUAAACUCUUACCAAAAAAUGGACUAAGAAGCAUUUAAAUCAGGUAUUGAAAUGUUUUUAGUCUAAAUUUAUGUGAAACAAACUGAAGUUAAACAAUUUGGGGGGGGGCGUUGGCAUGAAAAUCAUUUUGAUACAUAGUUUAGGUGAAGGAAUGCAUAAUAUGAUUUAACAGUAGCUUGCUUUUUAAGUAUUAACAAGCUUAAUUAAAACGCUCUAUCUGAGUCUUUAAGAAAGUGAUUUUGGACUUGUUGAGGUUUGUUUUUAAUGAACUUAAAUGUUUUGAAGUUCCGUUAAGACACUGAUGUACAUAUUUUGGAGUAAAUAUUUGCAAGAAAAUGAUGAA